CAGAGAGGGAGGCGCCCGUGAGGUGUGGGAGGUGCGCGCCCGGCCGCGCCCUGAGCUCCGGGGCUACCUCCGGCGGAAGGCUGAGCUCCAGCGCCGCGAGGCCGAGUCCGGGGGUCCCCUCAGGUGCCUGCCAGCUACACUGCCCGUCACCCCACCAGGCCGCCCACCUCGAAAGCUGCGAGCGCCGAGAAGGAGGCGGAAGAGGAGGAGGAGGAGGAGCAGAGAAAGAGGAGGCGCCGACCGCCUCUCCUGGGCGCGCGAGGUGCGGCCGAAGGCUGGGGUGACCGCGGGCGAGUGUGCGCGCGGGGUCGGAGAGCCGCGGGGCGGGGGACGGCGCCCGUGAGCGCCCCGCCUCGCCUCCGGCGCGCAGCCUCUCGCGGCUCCUCACAGACACACACACCCACCGGGCACCACCGCCGCCCCCGCCCGCUGCGGCCGCCGCGCCUCGGGCUGCCGAGCAAGCGGCAACUCCCGGGCCAGCGAGGCGCGCCUUUCCGGCUCCUUCGGCGCGGCGAGCUCAGCCCCGCUCGAUUUUUCCUGCUCUCUUCCAACGCUCUCCUGUCUGAGUGACGGCGGCGGCAGGGAGAUGGGGGCCCCGCGCGGGGAAGGGGGUGAAGAUCGAUGAAGAUUAUUGUUCUUUUAGAGGAUGCCUUAGCUUCUUCCCGCCGCCUCUCCUUUGAGCUUUGCUCCUAGAGACUGUGCACCAGAGUCAGGGAUGUAAGGAGAGGGGGAAAAACAAACGCCAGGAGCUCCAGCCAGCCUGGGAGACCCUCCUCUCGGUGGAGGGGAGGGGGAUUUCCAGCGACAGAUCAUUGGCGAAGGGACCGUCGCAGGGAGAGCAGCCUUGGAGGGAGCGGGGAAUCCCACAUCCCUUUGUGGCACCCGAGCCAGUGCCGCCGCUGAGCGGGGUCUCUGGGAGCUAGGGGUCAGUGGACAUGCCUGCCUCAGAGAAAUACGGCUACAGCUGACCACGUUAUUUUAAGGGCCCUGGCUCUGCAGCUUCGUCCAGUUCAAAAUGGCAGAAAAGGCUCCCCCGGGUUUAAAUAGAAAGACUUCAAGGUCAACACUUUCCCUCCCUCCAGAACCUGUGGACAUUAUCAGAAGCAAGACGUGCUCCCGGAGAGUGAAGAUCAAUGUGGGGGGCCUCAACCACGAAGUGCUGUGGAGAACGCUGGACAGGCUGCCCAGGACACGCUUGGGGAAGCUGCGGGACUGCAACACGCACGAGAGCCUCCUGGAGGUGUGCGAUGACUAUAACCUCAGUGAGAACGAAUACUUCUUUGAUCGACAUCCUGGAGCCUUCACGUCCAUUUUAAAUUUCUACCGGACAGGGAAGCUGCACAUGAUGGAAGAAAUGUGUGCGCUCUCUUUUGGCCAAGAGCUUGAUUAUUGGGGGAUUGAUGAGAUCUACUUAGAGUCCUGCUGCCAAGCCAGAUACCAUCAGAAGAAAGAACAGAUGAAUGAAGAACUGAGGCGAGAGGCAGAGACCAUGCGCGAGCGAGAGGGAGAAGAGUUUGAUAAUACCUGCUGCCCCGAGAAACGGAAGAAACUUUGGGACUUGCUGGAGAAACCCAACUCAUCAGUGGCCGCAAAGAUCUUGGCCAUCGUGUCUAUUCUGUUCAUCGUACUUUCCACCAUUGCUUUGUCUCUCAACACCCUCCCAGAGCUGCAGGAAAUGGAUGAAUUUGGACAGCCCAAUGACAACCCCCAACUAGCACAUGUGGAAGCUGUGUGUAUUGCUUGGUUUACCAUGGAGUACCUUCUACGGUUCCUAUCCUCACCAAAUAAAUGGAAGUUCUUUAAAGGGCCACUAAAUGUCAUUGACUUGCUGGCCAUCUUACCAUACUAUGUCACCAUUUUCCUCACAGAGUCCAACAAGAGUGUUCUGCAGUUUCAAAAUGUGAGACGUGUGGUCCAGAUUUUCCGGAUCAUGCGCAUCCUCAGGAUCCUGAAACUCGCAAGACAUUCGACAGGCCUGCAGUCUUUGGGGUUCACCCUCAGGCGGAGUUACAAUGAAUUGGGCCUAUUGAUAUUGUUUCUGGCCAUGGGGAUAAUGAUAUUUUCCAGCUUGGUAUUUUUUGCUGAGAAGGAUGAAGAUGCUACCAAGUUUACCAGUAUCCCUGCAUCAUUUUGGUGGGCCACCAUCACCAUGACCACUGUGGGCUACGGUGACAUUUACCCUAAAACAUUGUUAGGGAAAAUUGUAGGAGGCCUCUGCUGUAUUGCUGGGGUUCUGGUAAUUGCCCUUCCUAUCCCAAUAAUUGUGAACAAUUUUUCUGAGUUUUACAAGGAGCAGAAACGCCAGGAGAAGGCAAUUAAAAGGAGAGAGGCUCUUGAGCGGGCCAAAAGGAAUGGAAGCAUUGUUUCUAUGAACUUAAAAGAUGCUUUUGCUCGAAGUAUGGAACUGAUCGACGUGGCUGUCGAGAAGGCUGGAGAGUCAGCCAAUACAAAGGACUCGAAUGAUGAUAAUCACCUGUCACCAAGCCGGUGGAAGUGGGCCAGGAAGGCUCUGUCGGAAACAAGCUCCAACAAGUCUUACGAAAAUAAGUACCAGGAGGUUAGCCAAAAAGACUCCCACGAGCAGCUGAACAACACUUCUUCCUCCAGCCCACAGCACCUGAGUGCCCAGAAACUGGAGAUGCUGUAUAAUGAAAUCACCAAGACACAGCCUCAUUCUCACCUGAAACUGGACUGCCAAGAACAGCCUGAGAGGCCAUCUGUGUAUGAAGAAGAGAUAGAAAUGGAAGAAGUAGUCUGCCCACAGGAGCAGCUGGCCGUGGCACAGACAGAGGUCAUUGUGGACAUGAAAAGCACCUCUAGCAUAGACAGCUUCACCAGCUGUGCCACAGACUUCACAGAGACAGAGCGAUCACCCCUGCCACCACCCUCUGCAUCCCACUUGCAGAUGAAGUUCCCCACUGACUUCCCAGGGACAGAAGAGCACCAAAGAGCCAGGGCCCCUCCAUUUCUUACACUAAGCAGAGAGAAAGGGCGGGAUGCCAGGGAUGCCACUCUAGAAUAUUCCCCAGUAGACAUAACUGUGAACCUUGAUGCCAGUGGUACCCAAUGUGGGCUACAUGGUCCUUUGCAGUCUGACAGUGCCACUGACAGCCCUAAGAGCUCGCUGAAAGGGAGCAACCCACUAAAGUCCAGAUCCCUCAAAGUAAACUUUCAGGAAAACAGAGGCAGUGCACCCCAGACCCCACCCAGCACAGCCAGGCCACUGCCAGUAACAACGGCUGACUUUUCUCUCACCACUCCGCAGCACAUCAGUACCAUCCUCCUGGAAGAAACUUUCCCCCAUGGAGAUAGACCCUUGCUGGGCACUGAAGUUUCAGCACACUGCCAGGGACCUUCCAAAGGGCUGUCCCCUCGGUUUCCCAAGCAGAAACUGUUCACUUUCUCUUCAAGAGAGAGGAGGAGCUUCACUGAAAUAGAUACUGGUGAAGAUGAAGACUUCUUGGAGCUCCAAGGGGCAAGGCCAGACAAGCAGGCGGACUCCAGCCCUAACUGCUUUGCAGAUAAACCCAGUGAAGUGAGAGACCCUUUAAGAGAAGAGGGCUGUGUGGGCUCUUCCUCCCCCCAGAAUACAGGUCACAAUUGUAGACAAGACAUUUACCAUGCUGUGGGUGAAGUCAAAAAGGACAGUAGUCAAGAAGGGUGCCAGAUGGAAAACCACUUGUUUGCUCCAGAAAUUCAUUCCAACCCAGGAGACACAGGUUAUUGUCCUACACGUGAAACCAGCAUGUGACUAGUUACAAAAGCAAUAAUAAUAAUAAUAAAACUUGUUUCUUAAAAUGUGAUCAAUAAUGCCUGUGAACUAAAACAUGGGAAGCCCCUCCCCCCACAAAAAAAUGCAUAAAAUGUUAUUUUUGCAUGGCAUGAACAGUUUAGUUUAAGUACUGUUUAAAUAAACAGUCAAGACUGCAUUUUGUAACAAACAAAAACAACUGAAGAACAGUGAACCAAUAAAGAGAGCUCUAUUAGGAACCAGUGCUCUGCAAUGUCUGACAUUUUUGAUCCUUUCAUUUCAAGUUGUAGGCAGAUCUUCAAGUUUUAGCGUUUCUAUUGCAAUGAAUUUUAGAAUUUGCACAUGAAAGGAUGAAAUGUCAUUGCAUGCAUUUAUAAUUAUGAGGAGUAAGGUGCUUUUGAGCUUGCAAAAUGCAUAACUGUAAAUAAUGGGACCUGGAUGGAAAAGUGUCAAGAACGUGUGGAAACAAGUUUCUGAGACACAGGUAUAUCCUUCACAGCUACUGCCUGGAGGAGCUGUACAGACUUCUUGUUGCAAAAUUGCAACUUCUUCUUAAAACAUCUCACAUAUUUUGCUCUGGGUUAUAAAGCUCUUAUAA